AUGAGCUUUGGAAAAACGAACUAUCGUAACGGUGGCACGCGUGGCGGCGCUGAUAAAUUUACGUGGGAGGAUGUGAAGAAUGACAAGUAUCGAGAAAACUACCUUGGGAAUUCGGUGCAGGCACCUGUGGGUCGCUGGCAGAAAGGCAAGGACCUUUCUUGGUACGCAAAAGCCAGGAGUUUGCAGAAGAAUGUUGCAUUGCAGUCGGAGCUAGAACUUGCAAAACUGCGCGAUGAAGAUUUGAUGAACGAAGCUUUAGGAAUUGUCCCUAAGAAACGCCGAGAACCUGUAGAAAGUUUGAGCACGUUAGAGAUUAAGGAGCUGCUAAAGAGAGGAGAGGCGGAGCGGGACGGGAUGGAUGUGGAGCGUGUGGAAGGUCUCGGUGCAGCGCCUAUAGAUUCCGAUGGUUUCGGUAUUGGACCGAAGCUUACGCUCGCGGAAAGAUACAAAGCUCAUCUUGAUAGCGGCAAAAAGGAUACAACGUACGCGCUGCCAGGUACAGUAAAUGAGCAGUUGAAUUCUAGUGAAGCAAAGGUAGCACAAAUGGAAGCACGGAAGGCUGAAAAGGCAAAAAAGAAAUUAAAAAAGAUGGAGAAGAAAGAACGAAAAAAAGAGAAAAAAACGAAGCGCAAUUGUAUAACAAAAUCAAAUGAAAAUGUUCAAGACAAGCUGCGUCGCCAACAGAGGUCGAACAUCGGCUCGACGUUCGCGCUCGAUUAG